UUUCACCUACCAAGAGCGUGAGCUUUUUUUUACACAAUAAUGUUGAGAUUGAUCGAUUCCAUUAUUUCAAUUUCAAUUUUUCCUUGACCAAACUGAACUGAUUUUGUUUUUCCUAAAACCAAAUCGAAUGUUUCGGCCACUUUAUUCGUUCGCGCCGCACGUAGCGCUCAGCCCUAGCUGACCCCUCGCCAGAUCCCGACCUCGCCUCCCCCAUCCGUAUCCGUUCAGGGGCGCGUUAAAACGGAUCAGCGUGGAUCGCAAUCGAUCCGCACACCCACCUAUUCGGGCCCACCAACGAAGUUCUCCAAGAUUCCAGAAUCAGUGGGGCCCAACCCAUUCCGCGAUCACACGAAGUUCACAUGAUGAAUCCCACCGCCCGCAGCCUCCACAAACAUCCCCGACCAUAACAUUUUCAGCGACAGCGACCCCGUCCGAGUUUGAAAACUUUAUCGCUAUCUCAUCAAUUCCUCGAACCUAACUUCUCCUUUUGCCUCGGAUGUUAAUAUUAAUACUAAAAUACUAAAAAUAGGAAAAAAAUAUCAUUAUCCUCAUCCUGAUCCCUUACUCAUCGUCCACCGUCUGGAACUGAAUCCGCGUUCGUGGACUCUAGAUAGCCUACCCUUCAGGCCAAACAAAAAGUUUAAUUAGAAAACGUAAAGUGAAGAAAGCACUACAGUAUUUUUUAGCCUCCUUUUAUUAUAAAAAAAAAAAGAGGGGAAAGAGAAAUCUCUGGAUUUGAAUUUGAAAAGCGCAGCCAGGGGCAGAGGAAGGGAGGAGCUGCAGCAAUGGAGAAGAUCAAGAUCGGCGUCUGCGUCAUGGUAAAGAAGGUGAAAUGCGGAUCGGAGGUGUUCUCUGCUCCUAUGGGCCAGAUCCUGGACAGGCUGCAGGCGUUCGGAGAAUUCGAGGUCAUCUUUUUUGGCGACAAAGUCAUUCUUGAGGAACCUGUAGAGAACUGGCCGAUUUGCGAUUGCUUGAUUGCCUUCCAUUCUACUGGUUAUCCACUUAAGAAGGCUGAGAUGUAUGCUGCAUUAAGAAAGCCCUUCCUUGUGAAUGAAUUGGAACCCCAGUAUCUUCUCCAUGAUCGGAGGAAAGUUUAUGAGCGUCUUGAAAUGUUCGGAGUUCCAGUUCCAAAUUAUGCGCUUGUAAAUAGAGAGUUCCCUUAUCAAGAGCUGGACUACUUUGUUGAGCAAGAAGACUUUGUUGAAGUGCGUGGAAAGCGGUUUUGGAAGCCUUUUGUUGAGAAACCUAUAGAUGGGGACAAUCACAGUAUCAUGAUAUACUACCCUAGUUCUGCUGGUGGGGGGAUGAAAGAACUGUUCCGCAAGGUUGGAAAUCGGUCUAGUGAAUUCCAUCCUGAUGUUAGAAGAGUGAGGCGCGAGGGGUCUUACAUUUAUGAAGAAUUUAUGUCUACUGGGGGAACCGAUGUUAAGGUAUAUACUGUUGGUCCAGAAUAUGCACAUGCAGAAGCACGCAAGUCUCCAGUUGUUGAUGGUGUUGUUAUGAGGAAUCCUGACGGGAAAGAAGUCAGGUAUCCUGUACUGUUAACUCCUGGUGAGAAGCAAAUGGCAAGGGACGUAUGUCUUGCAUUUAGGCAAGGGGUUUGUGGAUUCGAUCUCUUAAGAUGUGAAGGAAGAUCUUAUGUGUGUGAUGUCAAUGGGUGGAGCUUUGUGAAGAACUCUUACAAGUACUAUGAUGAUGCAGCAUGUGUAUUGAGAAAAAUGUUUCUCGAUGCCAAAGCUCCUCAUCUUUCAUCUACUAUUCCUCCAACUCUCCCUUGGAAAAUGAAUGAACCGACCCCACCUUGUGAGCCUUUAACACGCCAGGGAAGUGGAAUAAUUGGCACAUUUGGGCAAUCUGAAGAACUGCGAUGUGUUAUAGCUGUUAUUCGUCACGGCGACCGGACACCUAAACAAAAGGUGAAGUUGAAAGUUACAGAAGAGAAGCUACUGAAUCUGAUGUUAAAGUACAAUGGUCACCGACCUAGAGCUGAGACAAAGCUCAAAAGUGCUGUUCAGUUACAAGACCUCUUAGAUGCAACUAGAAUGCUAGUUCCUCGUACAAGGUCUGGUCGUGAAAGUGAUAGUGAUGCUGAAGAACUUGAACAUGCUGAGAAACUUCGUCAAGUUAAAGCAGUUCUUGAAGAGGGUGGGCAUUUCUCAGGUAUUUAUAGAAAGGUACAACUAAAACCAUUAAAAUGGGUUAAAGUUCCAAAAAGUAAUGGUGAUGGUGAGGAAGAGAGACCUAUUGAAGCUUUGAUGGUUCUUAAAUAUGGAGGUGUUCUUACACAUGCUGGAAGAAAGCAGGCUGAAGAGUUGGGAAGAUAUUUCCGAAACAACAUGUAUCCAGGUGAAGGAACAGGAUUGCUUCGUCUUCACAGUACUUACCGACAUGACCUGAAGAUUUACAGUUCAGAUGAGGGUCGUGUCCAGAUGUCUGCUGCUGCAUUUGCCAAAGGCCUUCUUGAUUUAGAAGGACAAUUAACUCCCAUUCUGGUUUCUCUUGUUAGCAAAGAUUCUUCCAUGUUGGAUGGCCUUGAAAAUGCAAGUACUGAGAUGGAAGAAGCAAAGGCUAAGCUUCAUGGAUGGGCAGAGUAUCCGUGGAUGGUUGAUGGUGCUGGCCUUCCUUCGAAUGCUUCUGAACUUCUUCCUAAAAUGAUCAAAUUGACAAAGAAGAUAACUGGACAAGUGAAACUGCUUGCUCAAGAUGAAGAUGAAAAGCUUGCAAUGAAAAGUUCCUACGAGGUUCUUCCUCCCUAUGACCAAGCAAAGGCUCUUGGAAAAACAAACAUAGACGUAGCACGUAUUGCUGCUGGACUGCCUUGUGGGAGUGAAGGAUUUCUUUUAAUGUUUGCUCGCUGGAGGAAACUGGAGAGAGACCUAUACAAUGAGAGAAAGGACCGAUUUGAUAUUACACAAAUUCCAGAUGUUUAUGAUUCUUGCAAGUAUGAUCUCUUGCACAAUGCACAUCUCAAUCUUGAUGGUUUGACCGAACUCUUCAAAGUUGCUCAGUUACUGGCAGAUGGUGUUAUUCCUAAUGAGUACGGCAUAAAUCCUAAGCAUAAGCUCAAAAUUGGCUCAAAGAUUGCUCGCCGUUUGUUGGGAAAGAUUUUGAUUGACCUGCGUAAUACUCGUGAAGAAGCAAUGAGCGUUGCUGAACUAAAAUCUAAUGAAGAUCCAACUUCAUUGUUCCUUAAUUUGAAGAAAGAGGAGGGUGAUACCCCUAGACAUCAGAACAAGAGUGAAGACAGAAGAUCUAGUUCGACUAGUGAAAGAUCACUGGAGCAAGAUGAUGAUGAAGAUAAAGAAACCAAAUACCGCUUAGAUCCGAAGUAUGCUAAUGUCAAAACACCAGGGCGACAUGUUCGUACAAGGCUUUAUUUCACUUCUGAAUCCCAUAUACAUUCUUUAAUGAAUGUUCUGCGAUACUGUAACCUGGAUGAAUCCUUGCAAGGAGAGGAAAGCCUUGUUUGCAAUAGUGGUCUGGAGAGAUUACAUAAAACAAGGGAACUUGACUACAUGAGUUACAUUGUUCUGAGGAUGUUUGAAAAUGUAGAGGUACCUUUGGAAGACCCGAAGAGGUUUCGUAUUGAAAUGACAUUUAGUCGUGGUGCAGAUUUAAGCCCUCUAGAGAAUGACGAUGGAGAGGCCGCAAUGUUGCAUCAAGAGCACACACUGCCAAUAAAUGGACCAGAGAGACUUCAAGAAAUUGGAUCAUAUCUCACAUUAGACAAGAUGGAGAAGAUGAUCCGCCCGUUUGCGAUGCCAGCUGAAGAUUUUCCACCGGCAACACCCCAAGCCUUCUCCGGCUAUUUCUCCAAAAGUGUGUUAGAACGUUUGGUCAAUUUAUGGCCUUUCCAUAAAAACACAGCCGUGGUGCAAAAUAAAGAGGUAGGAGAGGGAGGGGUAAGCGGGGCCGACGAUGUGUUCAGUGCUUAACAAUCAGCGAGUGAGUCAGAUAGAUGGGGAUUUAUAUUAUCCUCGUUUAAGUGGUAUAAUUGAUCUCGUUUAACAAUCAGCGAUGUGUAUGCUAUCGCUUUAUGGGAUGUUCGGAAUCAUUCUUGAUCUGGUUUGGUGGGUGACGACAAUGUCCGCUCCCCACCGAUCAUAUCAUCUAUUGGUUCUCAUCAUCCUCAUCUUUUG